CAGAUGUUUCUGGUGGCUUUGUCCUUUGCCUAUUUUGCAAAGGCUUUGUCGGGGAGCUACAUGAAGAGCACAAUAACUCAGCUGGAGAGGCGCUUUGACAUCCCCAGUUACCUGGUGGGCAUCAUUGACGGCAGCUUUGAGAUGGGCAACCUGUUGGUCAUCGCUUUCGUCAGUUACUUUGGCGCCAAGCUCCAUCGGCCAAAGAUCAUCGCGGUGGGUUGUGUGCUGAUGUCCAUCGGCACCUUCAUCAUCGCGCUGCCUCACUUCAUCACCGGACGUUAUGAAUAUGAAUCGUCUGCACGGUGGGUCGUGAAUUCAACCCUCAACACCUCCCCUUGUUCAGCGGGCUCAACAACUGACCUCAGACAAAAUAGUGAAUUGCCCGAAGUGCCAGCCGCAGGUUGCGAAGGAGAUUCUAACCUUUCCAUGUGGAUCUAUGUGCUGCUCGGAAACGUCCUUCGAGGGAUUGGAGAGACUCCUGUCCAACCCCUUGGGAUCUCCUACAUAGACGACUUUGCCACUGAGGAGAACGCUGCAUUGUACGUGGGCUGCGUGCAGACCAUUUCUGUGGUGGGGCCUGUCUUUGGCUACCUCUUGGGGUCCCUCUGUGCAAAAAUCUACGUGGACAUCGGAUUCGUAAAACUGGAAAGCAUCACUAUAACCCCAGCGGAUUCCCGCUGGGUUGGAGCCUGGUGGUUGGGCUACCUGAUAGCAGGCAUCAUCACCCUGCUCUCUGCCAUUCCCUUCUGGUUCCUACCACGCUCUUUGCACGUCCCAGGCAGCGACCCCGGCCCAGACAAGCCGGAGCAGAGCGGUCUAAUGAAAGACUGCGCCCCCGUCAAGCACAAGUACCCUGCUGAGGAGCACAUGAGUUUCAUAGAGAUGGCAAAAGACUUUGUUCCGACGGUGCGGACUCUGCUGGGCCAUCCUGUGUACCUGAUCUACUUGUGCGUGACCAUCAUCCAGCUCAACUCUCUCAUCGGCAUGGUGACCUACAAGCCAAAGUACAUCGAGCAGCACUUCCGGCAGUCUGCGUCCAAGGCCAACUUUCUCAUGGGCGUGAUCAACAUUCCGGCCGUGGCAUUGGGGAUCUUCUCCGGCGGCCUCCUGAUGAAGAAGAUGAAGCUGAACAUCAUGGGAGCGGCCAAGUUUGCCUUCGUCACGUCUCUGAUUGGUUACGUCCUCUCCUUGUUCUUCUUCGCCAUGAGCUGCGAGAACGCCAAGAUGGCCGGCGUGACGCUCCCAUACGGCAGCGUGGAGGAGACAUCCGAGGACAAAGAGUCGCUGUUGAACGCCUGCAACGCCAAAUGUUUUUGUCCGGACAACAACUGGGAGCCCGUGUGCGGCGGCGAUGACAUCACCUACGUUUCUCCCUGCCAUGCAGGAUGCGGCCAGUCCACGGGCUCGGGCAAAGACACCGUGUUCUCCAACUGCAGCUGUGUCGGUGCGGCUGGCAACUUCACGGCCACUAGAGGGCAGUGCCCCGACAAGGAGGACUGUGACAGGAUGUUCCCGUACUUCUUAGCGCUGUCCGUCAUCACGUCCUUCAUCAUCUCCCUGGGAGGCACACCAGGCUACAUGCUGCUCAUCAGGUGCAUCAAACCACAGCUCAAAUCCUUUGCUUUGGGAUUCCACGCUCUGGCAACACACACUCUUGCCGGGAUCCCAGCGCCCAUCUACUUCGGAGCGAUCAUCGACACCACGUGCCUGAAGUGGGGACAGAAGCGAUGCGGCGGACUGGGCGCGUGCAGAAUCUACAACACCACAGCUUACAGGAUAGCCUACCUGGGCCUGACCCUCAGCCUGCGCACCGUCUCCUUCCUCAUCUGCAUCCCGGGCUUCGUCCUGCUGAGUCGCCAGCUGCGGCGGGAGGAGCGGGACGCCCUCCGAGCGUCUUCCGCCAACGGCGGCACGGAGCUGGAAGCGCUCAGGAAGGAAGAAUUUGUCACGGCCAACUCUGAGCGCUCACAGGCCAGUCAGGACAACGGCACGGCCCGCGAAACACGACUGUGACUCUCCGCGAGGUGACCUCCACACACACACUCUUGUAUUUCUCACCUUCUGGAGACCUCCGAAAGAUGCCUACCUCUUUAGGACCAGCCUUUCUACAUAUAUAAAGAUGUGUAUUUACAACA